ACGAAACUUCAGUUGAGUUUCUGACGCAGACAGAAGAAGAGUCGUUAAAAACACAAACUACUCAAAGUCAGAAUCAACAACAAUGGAGUGUGCUCUUCUCUUUUCUCUCCUUUGGUCGGUAUCAACGUUUGAUGAUGUUAACGGUGGAGUGGUGGUGAAAGAAGACAGUGAUGCUGUGUUACCGUGUUCCCUCAGCACCAAGGAGAACAUCGAGACGAAGAUCUUUGACUGGAAGAAAGACGUGACGAAAGACCAUCAACAAGAGGUGUUCUAUUACGUCGGAGGCCUUUAUUACGGUAACGGCAUUACAGAUCAAGACAAACAGUUUGAAGGUCGAGUCUCACAUUUUGAAUACGAGCUGAGGAACGGUAACGCCUCCAUAAAGAUCAGGAAGACCAAGGUGUCUGACAGUGGAGUCUACACCUGUUUUUUCCCACUUCUGUGGCCACCUCAAGAGUUCCACAUUGAGCUGGUUGUUGUUAGAUUGGCCAAACAACCUCUCAUAAUCACUGAGAUCACAUCCUCCCACGUGGUGCUGCGGUGUCUCGUCGGAGGAGGAGGACCUAAAGUGGAGUGGAGGGACAGUUCUGGAAACAUCCUUCAUGCUAAAGAAGCACAGGUCACAGAAAGAGGAGGCAGCUACGACAUCAUCCUCCAAACCACUGUGACCAAGACCGACCACUACAGCUGUGUGGUCACACAGGACUUACGCGUUCCCACGAAGAGGUUCAGACCUGAUGACAUGAAGAACAAGGGAGACAAUAGACCUGAUGAUGAUGAUGAUGAUGAUGAUGAUGAGGAGACCCCUCUCAAUCCUGAUGAAGAAGGGUCAGUCAGUGAGUGUCAAAGUCCGUGA